AUGAAUUGCAAUAUACCCCCCAGAAUAUGUCCACCUUUUUUAUCUAAAAGCAAUUCCGACGUUAAAUGGACAGUGGCAGACGAUGACUACGAAUUGACUGAAGAUAUAAUAUACCGCAUCCUCAGCACUAUGGGACUUAAGAGUAAUCCUCCAGACAAUAACAAUAUUGAAAAUGGUGGACAGCUAAAAAUAAUGCUGUUAAGGAGAUCGAAAUAA